UCUUCGUCUCCAAAUCCUAAGCCCUAACCCUAAAGCAAGCACAAUUUUCUCCACCACUCCUUUGUUAGAUUCCUCUCCCACUCGGUUAUCUGGUCUUUUGGCGUGUUCUUUUGGCAUAAAAAUCUACCUUUUUGACCCGUUUCGCCGCCUAUAAGAUGCCGGCAGCUUGCUCUCGUGCCUUGGACAUGGCGCUCCCCUCGCCGCACCUUCUCCACCCCGCGGUGGCGGUGGCGCCGGCCCCUCCGUCCCGGGUCACUGCCCCGUCCCAGGACGAGCUGAAGCGCGUCGCCGCCCACCGCGCCGUUGAGCAGGUGGAAUCCGGAAUGGUCCUCGGCCUCGGCACUGGCUCCACCGCCGCCCACGCCCUCGACCGCAUCGGCGACCUCAUCCUCCGGGGCGAGCUCCGGGAUAUAGUCGGUAUCCCCACCUCCGAGUGGGCCGCCGCCCGCGCGGCUUCCGCGGGCAUCCCCCUCACCGACCUCAACGCCCACCCAGUCAUCGACCUAUCCAUCGACGGCGCCGACGAGGUCGACCCCGCCCUCAACCUCGUGAAAGGCCGGGGCGGCUCCCUCCUCCGGGAGAAGAUGGUGGAAGGUGCCAGCCGGCGCUUCGUGGUCAUCGUCGACGAGUCCAAGCUCGUCCCUCGCCUCGGGGCCAGCGGCCUUGCCAUUCCGGUUGAGGUCAUUCCCUUCGGCUGGGCCCUCACGCUCCGCCGCCUCCAGAGCCUGUUCGAUGGCGUGCCGGGCUUCAAUCUCAAGCUCAGGACCGCGGCAACCAACGCCAAAGCCAGCACCUUUGGUGAGAACUGGUCCGAUUUGGAUCCAUUUGUGACGGAUAACAAAAACUAUAUUGUAGAUUUAUUCUUUGAGAAUGGGAUCCAUGGUGAUCUGAAUCGGAUCAGCGAUGAGAUCCUGAGGAUCACCGGAGUGGUCGAGCAUGGGAUGUUCCUUGGACUGGCAUCGUCGGUGAUCGUGGCCCGAACGGAGGGGGUUGUGGUGAUGAACAAGGAGGAGAUAUCCAACGGUAUAUGAGAACAAUGUUUUAUCUUUGGGUUGGCUAACUAGUUGUUGCCUUUAUCUGCACCGAAAAAAGGUGUAUUUGCCAUUAGUUCUCUGAAUGAAGGAGUUCUAUGAAAGCCUGAAAUUUUGUAGUCGGAGAAGACGAUAAAAAUCUCAAGCGUCUCCAUGAAUUUUGCUUAGGGAUUUAACAGUGAUCAUUAGUCAAAUUUAAUCAGAUUUUGUUGCAAAA